AUAUUAAUAUUGUUUUUUUAUUUUUUUAUUUUAGCGGCAAGAGAUGCAGUAAUCGAAAAAAUAGAAUACACAGUGGGUGACACAAAAUUAUAUUUUACAGGCGAAUUUUUAAACCAAAUUAAAUUUAAUGAUACUGAUUUAUUUGUAGAUGAUUUCAACGAUCUAAGUUCGAAUUAUACCGAUGGUUAUUUUGUAUUAAAAAGUCCCUUGGAAAAGCCAUAUACCAUUGUAAUUAAUACAAUGUUAGAAGGUAUUAAAACAUUAAGUAUUUUUGUUCACAAUUGUUUAAACGAUUGUAGUGGUGCUAAUGGCAAUUGUAACGUAACUACAUUUAAAUGUGAAUGCAAUUCAGGCUGGGGUGGCACGGACUGUUCAAUUGAUCAAACUUUUGAAUGUAGAAAUAACUGUAGUGGUAAUGGAAGGUGUAAUUCAGAUAUGACAUGCAAUUGCAAUCCAGGUUACAAUGGUGUCGCUUGUGACUUGUUUACAAAGGAUUUAGGGCUAUCAAUGAAAAUGAAUAAAAGCAAAACAUCACCAACAAUUCAUUUGGGUUCAUUCGAUAUGAACUCUUCAAAUAAAUCAUUGCAAAUGAAUCAAUAUACCAAGGCUUCAGACUAUUCAAUAUUUAUAUCAUAUAUUCAAGAGGUGGAUACUUUUGGUAAACUAGUUCAAGUUUAUAAUUUAACUCAGGCUUUGUGGUAUUUAGUAUCGAGUAAUCAGAGUGUAUCCAUUUAUGAAACAGAGUUAUCUAUAGGUUCAAAAUUUUUAGUAACUAUCGAGUUAAUUCCAAAUGUUACAGAGAGAAUAUGGGCAAAUCAGCUUACAGUUAUUCCAGCCAACUCUAUUAAAUACUCUAUCAGGGCCAGUAACUACACAUUUUCAUCAAAUCUCAAUAAAUUGGAAAUGUUUUACCAAGCAACACCUAGUUCACAACUAGAAUGUGCAAUCAAACAACAAAUUGCAUGGGGUGCCAAAAAAUCUACCGAUAUGCAUUGGGUAACAAUACCAAAUAACCAAUUACAGCUCUAUGGUAGAUUUUCAAAUUAUAUGAUAUUGGACGAUCAAAUAAUAUCAACAUCAAACGAAGGUUUGGAAUUUGGAGCCACUAUUCAAGUUAAAGUCAAUAUUCCAUUCUUUAAAGAUUAUGUCGAACUAGACCCAGAUUUUUCAGUACUGGUGGAUGUCAACAUGGACGAAACUGUGUAUGACGAAUGUGGGAAUCCGGUAGGAACAAAAUCAAACAGAAAAUGGGUCAUUCCAGUGGCAAUUGUCGUUUCAGUUUGUGGCGCCACUAUUUUAUUUAUUGCAGUUUUUUCAAUUGCCUAUAAAAAGAAUACAAAUUUAAGAACUAAAGUGCUUUCAUUCAAAUCGAAAAUCAAUACAAAAAACAAUAUAUCGAUGAAAAAAGUUUAA